AUGGCCCCCAGCGCCGCAAAGAAGUGGCCCGCAUUUCUUUUGGAGAAGCACAUGCCGCUGAAUCCCACCAUGUGCCUUUACCGCUUUGCAGGUCCCCAUGGACCAGGGCCUUACGUUAUGAAGUAUUGGUGGACGCUUGGGUGCCUUCCCACCGGGCUUGAGCGACCGUUUCGUCUCUCUGAAUUCUUAGCCGAAUAUCAGCAACAGCACGUCCCCAUCGAGGUUGAAGAGUGGCUGAAAUGCUUCGUUCGGAAUCCGUACGAGGAGCUCGCGGAUGCAACCUCGGAACUUCUCAAAUACCUUGAAGAGGUACCGCGCAGAGAAAACACAAGGGGAUAUCGGAGCAUUGAAAGCGGAGUCUCCAGUUUCGCAGCGCCGUUAGCUAAAUUUGAAAGGCAGCUGAACGUUCGCGUUCCUUCUCUCGCGCUGCGGGCAGCGCUCGGGUCAGCUUCCUUGCGUGAACGUCUUAAGGACGACUUGUUCGAGUACAGGGAGUCGCUGAGCCUGUGCGGCAGUACUCCGCACCGGCGAUUGGCACGCGUUGCUUUUGAUGAACUCCUUACGUUUCCCAGGUCCAGUGGCGUCUCUGGAAGCUAUGAUGGGCCGGGUCGGCAAUGGCGGGCGUGGGGGACGUCGGGGGCGGCGGUGGUUUCCGGGCCCCCCGACGUUUCCCGCGUUCGUUCUAGCUGA